AUGAGACAGUUCCAGUCCUUUAGCACUACUGAAAGGAAUACAUUAUCAAAAGCCCAUAAGGGACCAAGCUUAAGUGAAAUAUAUGCUGAACCCGAAAACUUCCUGGAGAUUGAAGUCAUCGAUCCAAAGACGCAUAUUCCCAAUCCUAACGAUACAAGAGGGAUGUUUACUGAUUAUGAGAUCGUAUGUCGAACAAAUCUACCUUCCUUUAACAAAAGAAUCAGCAGAGUAAGAAGACGAUAUUCUGAUUUCGAAUUUUUCAGAAAAUGUCUGGUCAAAGAACUAUCAUUGAUGAAUCAUCCAAAAGUAGUCAUUCCACAUCUUCCUGGGAAAAUCUUAUUGACCAAUAGAUUCAACAACGAAGUCAUAGAAGAAAGAAGAAUAGGUUUAAAUAAAUGGAUGCAAUCGGUCGCUGGCCAUCCAUUACUACAACUAGGCUCAAAAGCAUUAGUAAGAUUCAUCGAAAAUGAAAAAUUCGAAGGAUAA